UGGUCGUAUCCAACUGCCUGGCUGACAGCAUGUCCCUCGCCGCGUUUUUUGUUAUCGGACUCAAGGAGGCUGGACCCAUCAAUAGGGCGAGUUCGUUGCGAAUGUGAGUGAUCAAGGUUGGAUGUUCAACAUGUCAUGGUAGAAGUACCCCACUCAUAGCCUUUGGUGCUGUCGAUAUAUUAGGCCACUUAGUGAAGUGAGAGCUAUUUUGUGAAUAUGUUGGAACUAGCAUCAACUUCAAGUUCUUCAGUGCUCUAACGUCGGCAUCCGUCGCAGCAGCGAUGGCGAUCUAGGUUCGGCAGAGUAUUUUAGCAGCGAUGCACCGAGGGAGGGCGCAUUUUCACUCUUCGCUCGUCGCUUUGACCAAGACGUACUGCAGAUAGACUUUUCGGCAUAUUUUAUGGUAGCUGCAGUCACCUUCACCAUCGACGUCCUCGAGCGCGGACUCAUCGUCGAGGGAUUCUUUGCCAAGUGGUCUUUGGCAAGGAAACAGAAGGAACUCGAUGAAAAAGCUGAGCAGCAAAACGCAACUGAGCAGAUGGAGCAAGGGGAUAAACCUAGCCAAGUUAUGAAGACGAGCACGGGAUACUAUACUAGGUGCGCGUCCAAUCAGGCAAAAUAUGCACGACAGGGUCCGUUGUGUCGCUCUUCGAUGAGACACUGAUAAAAAGGGCUUUAUUUUUGAACAUUCAUCUCUCGCGGAACCGAAGCGGCUACACCUUCUGCAGUGGGUUCGGUGUCUGCCUUAGAGGCGCGCGCUUCGCUUGCGACGAGUAGCACGACCUCUGCGGACCGCAGUUCGCGGAGGUCGAAAGCCAGUGGGUCACGGCUUAGCACUGUAAUGGGAGAGAAGCUCGGCACCGCAGUCGAAGUUCGCGGCGUGCAAGCGGCUAGAAUUGCUCGAGACACCUUCACUCGUCAAAUCGCACAACCGACGACCGCUUUCCUUGACGGUUACGCGAUAGUGGGCAAGCACUAUCAUAUUCAGCUUGCGUCUCGAUAUCUGCACUCGUAUCUACCGAUCGCAGCUGCUCUCUUUUAUGACGAGGAUCCGAAUUAUAUUGUAAGGCAGUUGAUGUCCCAUCGAAGAAUUAUAGCAUCCACUUCUAUCUAGGCGAUGGCCCUACCUAGCCCGUCAAUCGCAAUUGUUCUAUGUUCUAGCCUCUACCUUCUCGGAUUAGAAAUAGUACCAUCAAUCUAUCAUCUUUCCGUUUCCAUCAACCAUCGCCUUUCAUUCGUAGCAUUGGUGUCGGUCUGCAGUGUUUGUUGAUCCAGUUGCUGGCACCGGGAUGCAGUUUAGCUGUGGCGCAGGGCUUCCACUCAGCAGUGUCCUCGUCGCUUUCGUGGUUGCUUUUUCUGUCGACAUGGCUGUGGUCUCCCAUCAGCGGCGCUUGCAUGCGCAACCGCAGGAUAGCGUCUUUGACUCUUUGAGACGUCUAGGCACGCCGGGUGGCUCCCUAAUUUGGUUAUGCGUCGUAGGAAACUUUGUUUGAUGAAGAGCACUUCAGAACUUACUCAAUUGAUCCCCUAGUUUUCAUAUGUUUGAUGAAGAGCACUUCAGAACUUACUCAAUUGAUCACCUAUUUUUCAUAUGUUUGAUGAAGAGCACUUCAGAACUUUGAUUCCCUAGUUUUCAUACGGGAGCCUGCCAAAACCCUGCGAGGGCGCGGCGCCGUUACCGGCGCGUGGCUGCUUGCGUCAGAGCAUGCUAGAGGUGCCCUGGGUCAAGGUGGACUGGUACCGAAAAUGCUGCACGCGUCGAACUCCGACUGAGGGAGCAAACGCGACAUCAUCGGCGCACGUCGACCCCAGUGCAUCUUCCAAAGCAGCUAAUGUUGAGGCUACUUACAAGAAAUUCAUCUUCCCCAGCUGCAUCUUGGUUGUCUCGUUUUUUUGAAAAUCGGACCAAGUUGAAGCCCCCGAUAGAUGGAUUUGUGGUGGCUAGUUCCUCUAAUGAAGAUAGGACCUUCCACGUGAGCCUGCACGAUGUGUAUCUGAUUGGGGCAGUCGCUCUGAUCUCCUACAGUCUCGGAUGGCUGCUUACCAUCGUCUGCUAUCCGGAGUCGGGAUAUACGGACGAGGGGACAGGGCGCUGCAGCAGUUACCACGCUAAUUAUAUUUAAGGCGCAAUACAGUAAUUUUGAUUCUCUCAACAGUUUCUAUAAUUCAUUGAACUAGCUAUCGAUAGCUCAAUAAGUAGUUCAAUAGUUCAGUUGAUUUCUUGCGCAAUACAGUAAUUUUGAUUCUUUAAUUCAUUUCUACCAGUCAUUUCUCGCCUGUUCCUUUGGGGGGAAAUUGGGGGAAAUGCAGGCUCUUUUCCUCAGUUUCCUUCUUGGGAAUCUGAAGAAAAGAACGCUAGGGGAUCUCCAGAAGCAUCUUGGGACUGUUCCAAAAGGGAAAAAACGUUUCCACAGAUUCUUUUCCUCACUUCGCGGAACUCUGAAGAAAUGAACGCAUCUUGGCACUGUUCCAUAACUGCAAAAAAACGUAUGAAUCUCAAGAUGGAUCGGGGUGAGCUCUAAAAUAAGGUGUGCAACGUGCAGAACGCGCUCCCGAAAGAGGCACGCGAUCGCCUAUGCGAAUUGUGGGAACACGCCUCGUACUCUGGAAGUAGCUGA